AUGAACAUAGUUAGACAGGCAAAGGCAAUAAAGGAUAAUUCUGUAUUAGAAGUCCCAAUAAACUCAUUUAUACGACGAGUUGGGUCAGAACAGGUACAAAACUCAGGCCCGUUAUUGAAAUGCAUCGAUACAUUGAUUAACAAUAAUGAGACAUUAUUAUUGAAGAAGUUUAAGCUAGAGCCUAUUUAUGAUCAGUAUGAGUUUAGACAACAGAUUUGGGAUAAUUUAAAAAGAAGGAAACCCGAUAUUGAUGCUAGACUAUCGCAGAGACAAAAAGAGAAUCAUCAUCUGCAGAGUAUUCUAUAUACUCCGAAAUAUAACAAGUUUAUCAAAGAGUUGUAUCCCUUGCGGAGUGAUAAUGAUUAUAGGCUCUUCCAGCCCCUGGAGAGGUUUUUUGAUUUGAAGAGUAACCACGAUAAAUAUUCCAGGAUCAAUCAAGAGAGUUUGUACAGAAGGUAUUUGGAUUUGCCAAAACCAGCACCACGAUAUCUUCCAUUUCGCAUUCUUCAGGAUUUUCUUGACAAAUUUGCUUUGAGCAAUGCUCAAUUUGCAAACAGAAAUGUAAUAGAAGGUUGUAAACUUAAGGGGGAUACAGCAAGCGCUGUUAGUGCGAUUGUUGCCGAAAAUCAACGACGAAGAGAUUACUUGAAUAUGGUGAAACGAGUGUUUAACGACUUGAAAGAUGCAAAUUUCGAGAUUACAGAGCAAGAACAGAUACGGUUGAUUUAUCUAUCAUAUUUCAAAGACCAAAAGGAUAUUUUAGACGGAAUUGAAGACACGAAUAAUACUAAAGAAUUGGGUUAUAACGAGUUUACGUUCAACGAUUACAAACUGAUUUUGAAGACAUCGAGUGAGAGGAGUGAUGUAUAUGGAAUAUUGUUGUUUUUGGCAACUCGUCACGAUAGAUUUGAUGUCAUUCAAAGUAUCCUUCCUAGAAUUGGGAUGGGUGAGAUCAUUGGACAUGAAAAGGACAAGCCUAAUAACAAGCUUAAGAAUAAGGACGACAAGAACAAGGAUCAUCGUAGUUUCAAACCAAUUGAUAUAUCGUUACUCAACUUGGUUGGUUUUUUUGUUAAUCAUAUUGAGAGACCUGGGUAUUCUACUUAUUUGGCUAAAACUAUAGAGAAGAUUAAGAAAAUACCAGUAAUAAACGGUAAGAUAGUUGACCAUUUGAUCAAGAUGUUGGUGGAUUUAAAGUUGAUUAGACAUGCAGAACUCUUGUUUGAGACUGCUUACUUUAAAUCUCAGGGGGAAGAAUCACAAAUGACUCAGGAGUGGCUUUAUGUAUAUACUAAGCUAAAAGUGCUAACUGGAGACAAAGAGACGUUUUAUAAGUUAUCCCCAAGUCAUGUAUCUUUUACAAGUUUAUUCCGUGGAUAUAGAGAGUGCCAACAACCCUUUGAGAGGGUUAAACAACUUCUUUUAAUAAUGGAUAAACUAUCUACACAAACAAUGAGUACUACUAUGUACUUUGAAAUAUUCAAAGGCUUCCUCAGUCGAGCUGAUUGGGAGUUUGAUGAUUUGAUAUUUGUUUUAGCGCGCUUAGUCAAGGAAAUCGAUCUGGGGAAAAAUGAUAACGACCAAUAUAGUUUGAAAAAAUUGAUAUCCAAGGGGGCGUUGAAUAUCAAUGUUGAAUUACAAUUAUAUAUGGCUGAGUUUGAACCAGCAAGGUUAAACCCGGAUCUAAGGUUAAGUCGAUUGUUAAUGGAGCUUAUCUUUAUGGUUUGUGAAACAAAACUACGCGCACUAGAGGAAGAUACAAUUUUGGCAGAGAAAAGAUUGAGUCAAACAAAGUUGAGCUGGUUGCAAAUGAUGGAAGAUAUACCUAGGAUAGGAUCUGGUAUGCAAGCCGACAGACUUGCGUAUAUCAACAAGAUUGUUUUAAUUGACAUAUUGUCAAUUAUGUUUUAA